AUGGAGGAAACAAAUUCAAAUAGUGUAGAGUUCGGAAUGGGAGAAUCAAGUGUUAUUGGAAUUGAAACUGCGGCCAAUUCUGUAAAUGCUCCUAAACCACUACUAGGAAUGAAGUUUAAUAGUCAUGAAGAAGCUUAUAACUAUUAUAACUCUUAUGCAUUGUUGAUGGGUUUUGGAAUAAGGAAGAGCAGUGUGAAUUACUCUCGCAAGACUAGAGAAGUGGUAGACAGAAAGUUUGUUUGUGAUAAGGAGGGCUAUAAACCUAAUAGUGGCAAGAUAGAGAUCCCUCUUCGGCGAGAGACCCGAGUGGGAUGUAAGGCAAUGAUGCGAGUUAAAUUAUUGGAGGACAAAUCGUGGGAGGUCACGGGGUUUGUUGAAGAACAUACAAAUCAUGUGUUGAGUAGUCCAGACAAAGCAAAAAUACACAGAUCACAUCAACAAUUUCAUAAAACUCAAAGAUGUAAAAAACUUAUUGAUAGUCUGCGAGAAGAAGGUAUGCCUCCUUCCACUAUUUCUCGCGUUAUCAAUGCAACCAAUGGAAGAGACGGUGAACUUGUGACAUCACAACAGUGCAUUGAUCAUAUCAGAACCCAAAGAGUCAACAAUAUUGGUCAUGAAUGCAUAUCUAUCAUUCGACAUUUUCAGAGUAUGACAGCGAAUGAUCCAGAAUUUUAUUUUGCAAUAGAAGUAGACAGUAGUGGACAAAUGAGGAGUGUAUUCUGGGCCGACGGAAGAUCAAGAGCAUCUUAUUUGCAAUUCAGUGAUGUUAUUGUGUUUGAUGUGACAUACAGAACUAAUAAGUUUGGUCUUCCAUUUGCUCCAUUUACUGGUGUAAAUCACCAUAGGCAGUCCACUUUACUUGGUUGUGCAUUAUUAGCCGAUGAACAGGAAGAUACCUUUGUUUGGUUAUUUGAAGAAUGGCUGAAAUGCAUGCACGGCAUUGAACCAGGUGCUAUUAUAACAGAUCAGGAUAGAGCAAUGUGUAAUGCUAUUCACUCAGUGUUUCCAACGACAAGACAUCGUUAUUGCUAUUGGCACAUGCAAAAGCAUAUUAUUGAUCAUUUGCCUACUUUGGUAUCUCGUUAUGGUGAACAGUUUCAAAGGUAUUGGGGCUUGUGGUGCAAUGGUUCUUCAAUUGAACAAUGUGAAGGAUAUUGGGUUGAGAUGAAAGAGAAGUUUGAUAUAAAUGAAGAAGGGGAGGGAUGGUUGCAAACAGUUCACAAAUGCAGAGAACACUGGGUGCCGUGUUAUCUGAAGGACACUUUUUUUGCUGGAAUGAGAUCGAGCCAAAGGAGUGAACGUAUUAAUGCAUUUUUUGAUGGGUAUGUUAACUCACAGACUCAGUUACACGAGUUUGUGACACAAUAUGAAAAAGCAGUAACUCAUCGCUUAAGUGAAGCCCAUGAAGAUUUUAAAAGUCUGAACACAAAGCCGGUCAUGCUCCUUGGACAUCCAAUUAAGGUCCAAGCUGGAGAAAUGUAUACACGCAAUAUGUUUGAUGUGUUCCAUACUGAAUUCAAAGGAUUUGGUACAGAGUUCUGUGAAGAAUUGAGAAAAGAUGGGGACAUUGUUGAAUACAAGGUCUGUAAGUUUACAGAUAGAGGAAAAUAG